CCACGCGGUCUUGAGGAGCGGCUGCGUCCCGAGGAGCCGCGCGCCGGUCCCGCUCUGAGGAGCCGCCAUGGAGCCGGGUCCCGGCGCGCGCGCGGGUAGCGCGCUCUUCGCGGGCUUCCGGGCCCUGGGGCUCUUCAGCGGUCCCGUGCCGCACGCCGUGCGCUUUAGCGCGCUCCGCCGCCGCUUCUACGUGACGAGCUGCGUGGGCCGGAGCUUCCACACGUACGACGUCCAGAAACUUAGUCUGGUUGCAGUAAGUAACUCCGUUCCACAGGAUAUCUGCUGUUUAGCAGCUGAUGGGAAGCUAGUCUUUGCUGCUUAUGGGAAUGUUUUCUCUGCAUUUGCCCGUAAUAAAGAGAUCGUACACACCUACAAAGGUCAUAAAACGGAAAUUCAUCUUUUGCAACCUUUUGGGGAUCAUGUCAUCUCUGUUGAUAUUGACAGUGUUCUUAUUAUUUGGCAUGUAUAUUCAGAAGAGGAAUACCUGCAGUUGACUUUUGAUAAAUCAGUAUUUAAAAUUUCUGCAAUUUUGCAUCCAAGUACCUACUUGAAUAAAAUACUUCUCGGCAGUGAACAAGGAAGCCUGCAGUUGUGGAAUGUAAAAUCCAAUAAACUUCUCUAUACAUUUCCAGGAUGGAAAGUUGGAGUGACAGCUCUUCAGCAGGCCCCAGCUGUGGAUGUUGUUGCUGUGGGCCUUCUCUCGGGUCAGGUCAUCAUUCACAACAUCAAGUUUGAUGAGACGUUAAUGAAGUUUCGUCAGGACUGGGGACCUAUCACUUCCAUUUCUUUUCGUACAGAUGGCCACCCAAUCAUGGCAGCUGGAAGCCCGUGUGGCCAUAUUGGACUCUGGGAUCUUGAGGACAAAAAGUUAAUCAAUCAGAUGAGAAAUGCACAUUCUACAGCAAUUGCCGGACUGACAUUUCUGCAUAGGGAACCACUUCUUGUCACAAAUGGCGCUGACAAUGCUCUUAGGGUUUGGAUCUUUGAUGGUCCCACUGGUGAAGGCAGACUUUUGAGAUUCAGAAUGGGACAUAGUGCUUCUCUUACCAAAAUCAGGUAUUAUGGACAAAAUGGACAACAGAUUCUUAGCGCAAGUCAAGAUGGAACUCUGCAAUCAUUUUCCACAGUGCAUGAAAAAUUUAACAAGAGUUUGGGACAUGGGUUAAUAAAUAAAAAGAGAGUCAAGCGUAAAGGUCUUCAGAACACCCUGUCAGUGAGACUGCCACCCAUCACGAAGUUUGCUGCAGAGGAAGCUCGUGAGAAUGACUGGGAUGGUAUCAUUGCUUGCCAUCAGGGUAAGCUGUCUUGCUCAACCUGGAACUACCAAAGAUCGACAAUAGGCAGUUACUUUCUGAAGCCAAAGGAUCUGAAGAAAGAUGAUAUAACUGCGACAGCAGUAGAUGUAACUUCGUGUGGGAACUUUGCCGUGAUUGGCCUAUCGUCAGGAGCAGUAGAUGUUUACAACAUGCAAUCUGGCAUACAUCGAGGAAGUCUGGGCAAGGAGCAAGCCCACAGAGGGUCUGUCCGAGGCGUUGCAGUGGAUGGAUUGAACCAGAUGGUAAUUUCGGCUGGUAGUGAAGGAUUACUCAAAUUCUGGAACUUCAAAACCAAAAAUUUAAUCCAGUCACUGAAUCUUGAUUCAUCUCCAAAUAUGCUGCUGCUGCACAGGGACAGUGGCAUUCUGGGACUUGCCUUAGAUGAUUUCUCCAUUAUUGUCCUGGACAUAGAGACUAGGAAGAUUGUAAGAGAGUUUUCAGGACAUCAAGGCCAAAUAAAUGACAUGGCUUUCAGCCCUGAUGGACGUUGGUUAAUAAGUGCUUCGAUGGAUUGCUCAAUUAGAACUUGGGACCUUCCAUCUGGAUGCCUUAUAGACAGUUUUCUGGUAGAUUCAGCUCCUCUCAAUGUUACUAUGUCUCCCACUGGAGACUUCCUGGCCACGUCCCACGUAGACCAACUUGGAAUUUAUUUGUGGUCCAAUAUUUCCCUAUACUCUGUUGUCUCAUUGAGGCCACUUCCUGCAGAUUAUGUUCCUUCAGUGGUGAUGCUUCCUGGAACUUGUCAAACCCAAGAUGCGGACUUGCCAGAAGAGCCCAGCGAGCCAAGUGAUGAGAUGAUAACAUACGAGUCCCCAGAACAGUUGCAUGAGCAGCUGGUGACUCUCUCUCUCCUCCCUGAGUCACGGUGGAAAAAUCUUCUUAACCUUGAUGUCAUUAAGAAAAAGAAUAAACCAAAGGAACCUCCCAAAGUGCCCAAAUCGGCCCCAUUUUUUAUUCCAACAGUUCCUGGCCUUAUACCCAGAUUUGCUGGACCUGAGCCCAGCCAUGAUCCCCAGCAGUCUAAAGUGGUAAGCCUUGGCGUUUUGGCUCAGAAAUCAGAUUUCUGCCUGAAACUUGAAGAAGGCAUGGAAAAUAAUAAACAUGAAGCCGCUGUUAGCCUUUUGAAAGAAUUAGGCCCCUCAGGAAUCGAGACUGAGCUGCGAGGCCUGGCUCCCGACUGUGGUGGUUCUGUGGCUGCCAUGCAGAGCUUCUUCAGGAUGAUCGGGGUGAUGCUGGCCAGCAAGCGGGACUUUGAGUUAGCUCAGGCAUAUCUCGCGCUGUUUCUAAAGUUACACCUUAAAGUGCUUCCUUCAGAGCCUGUACUUCUAGAAGAAAUGACAAAGUUGUCAUCACAGGUGGAAGAAAACUGGGUCCAUUUACAAUCACUCUUCAAUCAAAGCAUGUGUAUUUUAAAUUACAUAAAAAGCGCUUUACUAUAAAGAUUAACUUAAGAGAUUAAAUAAAUGUUUUUAUUAAAAGAUAA